AGGAGCAAAUGCCAGCAUGACUAGCGCCUGAGGAAGUGCCUCUGUGUUCCUACCAAGGGUUUGCGAUUGCAGAGGAAGAGUACAAGGACAGCAGGGACAUUCUGAGCAGCUAUGGAUAUCCCUACCGAUUUGGUGCCGUCCUCCAUGAUGUCCCAACCUGAGGUGAUUGAGUCCACGGCCAUGAGUGAACCACAGUGCUACUACAACGAAACCAUUGCCUUCUUUUAUAACCGAAGUGGAAAACAUCUAGCCACUGAAUGGAACACUGUCAGCAAGCUUGUAAUGGGACUAGGGAUUACCGUCUGCAUCUUCAUAAUGCUGGCCAACCUCUUGGUUAUGGUGGCUAUUUACGUCAACCGCCGAUUCCACUUUCCUAUUUAUUACUUAAUGGCCAACUUAGCCGCUGCGGACUUUUUUGCAGGGCUGGCUUACUUUUACUUAAUGUUCAACACAGGACCCAACACUAGAAGAUUGACUGUAAGUACCUGGCUUCUCCGUCAGGGUCUCAUUGACACUAGUCUGACAGCCUCUGUAGCUAAUUUGUUGGCCAUUGCUAUUGAGCGGCACAUCACAGUUUUCCGAAUGCAGCUACACACUCGGAUGAGCAACCGGCGAGUGGUAGUCGUCAUUGUUGUUAUCUGGACUAUGGCCAUUGUCAUGGGCGCCAUACCAAGUGUCGGAUGGAACUGUAUUUGUGAUAUCACUCACUGCUCCAACAUGGCACCACUCUAUAGUGACUCCUACCUGGUCUUCUGGGCUAUUUUCAACCUUGUCACGUUUGUGGUCAUGGUGGUCCUAUAUGCUCAUAUUUUUGGGUACGUCCGCCAAAGGACUAUGAGAAUGUCCAGACACAGUUCUGGACCCCGCAGGAAUCGGGACACCAUGAUGAGCCUCCUGAAGACUGUGGUCAUUGUGCUUGGUGCUUUCAUAAUCUGCUGGACCCCAGGAUUAGUCUUGCUGCUCCUUGAUGUUUGCUGUCCCCAGUGCAACGUCCUGGACUAUGAAAAAUUUUUCCUGCUCCUGGCAGAGUUCAACUCUGCCAUGAAUCCCAUCAUAUACUCCUACCGGGACAAGGAGAUGAGCGCGACCUUCAAGCAGAUCCUCUGCUGCCAGCGCAGCGAGAGUGCCAACGGCCCCACCGAAGGCUCAGAUCGCUCAGCAUCCUCGCUCAACCACACCAUCUUGGCUGGUGUCCACAGCAACGACCACUCCGUGGUGUAGAAGUGCAGACAGCAAACGAAGAGCAGCAGGCUUACACCACGGCAUGGGAUGGGUGCAUGGCCCCGGGGAAGGUAACACACUCACAAGGUUUUCUCAAACACUAAUGGACUACAAGUGCUUCUUUUCCAGGGAGCCCUGUCCGUGGGACUGGCCAUGCUGCAAGGCCUUUGAUUUCUACUUUCAAAAAGUGGAAGGCAGAUGCCUUGUGUCAGGGGCCAUCGAUAGCCCAUGGAAAGCCUCGCUGAGACCUUGUCGGACUUUACUGCAUCUUGGUGCCAGUCUGAGUCAACUCUGAUUAAUUAAGCUUAUACCUGCUUCACUGCAUUUACAUGUAGCCACUUAGUCUUUUUAAAAAGGGAGUAAAGGGGAUAAAAGUAUGCCUAUCAUUUAAUAGACAUGUAAUAUUUAUCACCAUCAGCAUGCUUGUGAUGAACCUUUUCUGUGCAGGGAGUAAAACUUUGCUCUAGUCUAAGUAUCUUUAGCCACACUGCCAUAACUACAGUAAAAACAGAAGUAUUUUUUUCUAACAGGCAACAGGAGGAUGAUGGCAACUGACUCUUCUUACCUUUAUUACUGGUGUUAGAGAGCAUGCAUGAUCUAUGUGUAUGCAGAUUGUUUUAAUUAUGAAAAAAAAAAGCUCGUUGUAAAGUCUGCAGGAAAGUAGAAAAGCAUAGGCUGUAUUCCAGUGUUUGUUUAGAUUAUGAAAUAAACAGUACUCUAGUCACAA